UUCCCAUCGACGCCCCUGAAGCUGCUGCCGCGACAGUGACCGACUGGCAAAGGAUCGUAAUCUGACAAAUGACUGAAAGAUCCCUGAAGCAGAGCAAACACCAAAGAGGACACCUUUAAAGACUGCAACUGACUUUGCUUUGUCUCCUUCACAGAAAACCUCUGUCUUCUUAGUUUCUGUGGAAUAAAUAAGCUCGCGUUGGAAGCCGAAGCAUAAACUUCUCAAGGCCAAGAAGAAGAAGAAGAAGAAAAGAGACAGCAGGACUCUUCUAAAGUGGAGUCCACCUAUCCUUCAGUACCUCCGAGGCCCCCUGUCGCCCAUACGUUCUCCACGUCUUAAGACUCUUCGACGGACACACAUCUCAGCCUUGUGGAGGAUUCCAGGUGUCGAAAGAGCCGUUACCUUCAGCCAGCCGCCUGCUGUGGACCCUGGGUGAUCCGUCGCCAUGGCUACAAACAGGGAACAGCAGGUGGGUCACAUGACCGGCUUCCCACCUGCUGUGUACCCCUUUCCCUUCAACUCCAUGAGAAGCCACUCCCCCUUCGACCUGCUGGCCAACAGCAGCCUGUUUGGGAGAUUUGGGGCUGACCUGCCCAAAGAGAUGGCUGCUCUCUCGGUGGAGACCCAGAGCAACAGCUCAGAGGAGAUGGUACCCAGUUCUCCGUCUCCACCUCCCCCACCUCGAGUCUACAAGCCCUGCUUUGUGUGCCAGGACAAGUCCUCCGGGUACCACUACGGGGUCAGCUCAUGUGAAGGCUGCAAGGGUUUCUUCCGUCGCAGUAUCCAGAAGAACAUGGUGUACACUUGCCACCGAGACAAAAACUGUCAGAUCAACAAGGUCACACGCAACCGUUGUCAGUACUGCAGGCUGCAGAAGUGCUUCGAGGUCGGCAUGUCCAAGGAAGCGGUGCGCAAUGACAGAAACAAGAAGAAGAAAGAUGUGAAGGAGGAGGUUGUUCUUCCGGAGAGCUAUGAGCUAAGUGGAGAGCUAGAGGAACUAGUCAAUAAAGUCAGCAAAGCUCACCAAGAAACUUUCCCAUCACUUUGCCAACUGGGCAAAUACACCACCAACUCCAGCUCGGACCAUCGAGUCCAGCUCGAUCUAGGGCUAUGGGACAAGUUUAGUGAGCUUUCCACCAAAUGCAUCAUCAAGAUAGUAGAAUUUGCCAAGCGGCUGCCGGGUUUCACCAGCCUCACCAUCGCUGACCAAAUCACUCUGCUUAAGUCUGCCUGCCUGGACAUACUGAUGCUGAGAAUCUGCACACGCUACACUCCAGAACAGGACACUAUGACGUUCUCAGAUGGCCUGACUCUGAACCGGACUCAGAUGCACAAUGCGGGCUUUGGGCCGCUUACAGACCUGGUUUUUGCCUUUGCAGGCCAACUUCUACCCCUGGAGAUGGAUGAUACAGAAACCGGUCUCCUCAGCGCCAUCUGCCUCAUCUGUGGAGACCGCAUGGAUUUAGAAGAGCCCCAGAAAGUGGAUAAGCUACAGGAGCCUCUGCUUGAGGCUUUGAAGAUCUAUGCCCGUCGUCGCCGCCCCAACAAACCCCACAUGUUCCCACGCAUGCUGAUGAAGAUCACUGACCUCAGGGGCAUCAGUACGAAGGGUGCAGAGAGAGCUAUCACUCUGAAGAUGGAGAUCCCAGGGCCGAUGCCUCCUUUGAUCAGGGAAAUGCUCGAGAAUCCGGAGGCCUUCGACGACCAAACAGAGAGCAAUGAGAGCCCGCCGCCUCCACCACCGCCCCCACCACCACCGGCGCCUCCAGCCCUGGUUCUAAAGCAGGAGGCUGAGGAUGAGGACGACAGCUGGGCCACCGAAAACGGCAGCGAGCCAUCACCGGAAGAGGAGGACGAAGACGACGACGACGAUGUGGGAGAUGAAGAUCGAGACAGGGGCUCGGACAGUGACGGGGAGCCCUGGGUGUUUUAACUUCCAUAGAUGGGUUGAGGAAAGGCCUUGCUCGGAGGGCGCAGUGAAAAGAGCAUUUCAUACACACACACACACACACACACACACACACACACACACACACACACA